UUUGGUAAUCGCACUGGCGAACGCAACAGCAAAGCAGCAACUUUAGCUCAGAAAUACCCAAAUAAUGGAUAUAUUAGUACAAAAACCCAUCUUCUGUCCCAGCAGUUCCAGUGAGUUCUACGAGUCGGCGACGAGUAGCUAUUAUACGCCGUACAAUACGCCGCCGUAUAUAGCACCGGUCGGAUCGGGCACCUGGCUGGGCGAUCUUCAUCAGCAGCAGCAGCAGCAACAUUUGCCGCAGAUGCAGUACCUCAGAUUUCCCACACCGCCCAUAACACCACCGCGCACCGCUGCUCCCCUCCCCCAUCUGGAGUCCAACUUAAAUACACGCACACAGUCCGUCAUCAUGAGGUGCAACAAGAGCACAAUUUCCGCUUCCGGUUCGCCGACAGAAUCCGGCAGCGAGCACAGCAGCAGCAGCAGCAGUGAAUGUGAUUUUAUCUGCAAUUGGCAGGAUUGCGGAAGAGUUUUCGAAUCUUUGGAGGCACUCGCCCAACAUGUCACUCUGCGUCAUGCGAUUGCCUCGAUGGUGGAUGGACUGUAUUACUGCCGCUGGGGCGGCUGUCAGCGCAGCGAGCGUGGCUUCAAUGCACGCUACAAGAUGCUGGUGCAUGUGCGCACCCACACCAAGGAGAAGCCGCAUCGUUGCCACCUCUGCGAGAAGUCCUUCUCGCGUGCCGAAAAUCUUAAGAUACACAUACGCUCGCAUUCGGGUGAGAAACCCUACAAGUGCCACUACGAGGGCUGUCAAAAGGCCUACUCUAACUCGUCGGAUCGGUUCAAGCACACGCGCACCCAUUCAAUGGAAAAACCGUAUAUGUGCAAGGUGUCCGGCUGUCAGAAGCGCUACACAGAUCCCUCAUCGCUGCGCAAGCAUGUGAAAACGUUUAAGCACAGUAUACAGCUGAUUGCCAGCCAGAGUUCCGCCAACUGUCUGCUGGAUGCCAGUGGUACAACCUACACCUGCCUCCCCCUGCCCCUGCACCCCGCACCCGUAAUUGCACCAAUGCAAGCAAUCGGCGAGUCAUCGCCUACUGUUACACCCUACUACAGCUACACCGACAGCGAUAAUGUGGCAAGUGAUUAUUCGCUGAGAUGCAAGCACGAUAGCGAAUAUACUUCCUCGGAUUACUGGCUGAACACGCAGGAGCAUGGCUAUCGCUACCAGCUACACACCGAGGACUAUUCCAUGGAAAUGGAAAUGGACUCGCCCACGCCUCUGGAUUUGCGUGUGCACAGAAGUUGAAUGCCUUGUCACAUCUGCCCUGGCAAUCCACUCUAGUCAUCAGGCUAAUCUCUAGCUCUUGUCAUUAAUGUUAAAUAAUUAUCCUUUAGUUUGCAAUAAAAGACUGUCUUUAAAAAAAAUUAUUACGUAAA